ACAUGACAGUUCACAAGCAACUCUAUAACGGGACGAACAUCCCUGUACUAGGCUGUAAAUUCACCAUGCUAAAAUUGAUGAAGUUUUAUUUGUAACGCAAUUGUUUUAGUGGGGACUUAUAGGAUGCAGACCAUUGAAGAAUUACGACCUGUUGUCUUUGAAGCUAUACGCGCUGGCUAUCGGUUGAUAGAUUCGGCAACCGUUUACAGAAAUGAACAUAUUUUAGGUCAGAUAUUAAAAGAAGUAUUUGCUGACCCACAGUUUAACAUCAAACGUAGUGAUCUCUUUAUAACGUCCAAACUUGCACCAAAAGAUCAAGGGUAUGAUGCCUGUUACAAAGCUGUAAUUGACUCUCUGAAUAGAUUUGAGUUGGAUUAUUUCGAUCUUUAUCUGAUCCACUGGCCAGGCACUUCUAAAACGAAGUUAUUGGAUCCUAUAAAUGAGGAAAACCGUACAAAUAGCUAUAGGGCUCUGGAGCAAUUAUACAACGAAGGAAAGCUUAAUCACAUCGGGGUUUCCAAUUACACUGAAAAACAUCUAAGGCACUUGCUAAGCGUUUGUUCCGUUGUUCCUCAUGUACAUCAAUUUGAACUUCACCCAUGCCUACAUCAACCCGAAUUAUUAAAACUUUGCAGCGAGAACAAUAUACAAAUACAAGCAUAUUCUAGCUUAGGUGAAGGCGCUUUAAUCAAUGGUAAAAUCAAGAUUGAAUGCUUGGAUAAUAUUGCAAAAAAGCACAAUGUUAGUGUUGCACUUGUCCUUUUGCGCUGGUCAGUUCAACAUGGUAGAGCUAUAAUUCCCAAAACAAGUUCAACCGCCAGAGUUCGAGAAAAUGCAAAUGUAUUUUCCUUCGAACUUUCUAAAGAGGAUAUGCGAUUGCUUGACGAGAUCCAUACGUAUGAGCAACAUCGCUUCUGUUGGGAUCCUAACGGUGUCUACUGAGAAGCUAUAGUUUCCAAGCUCCAUUAUCCAUUUCUAAGAAUAACUUCAGACAAUUGCAACUACCAAUUUUUGCACUUUCCAAUAAUCUAUUAAAGCUUUUCAUGUUUAACAGAACAUGAUAAUUUCGCGAUGCUGCUUUCUGUAACGCAUUACUUGCCGU